AUGGGGGUGUGGGCGGCGGUCACGUGGAAAGGUGGUGAAAAGUCUGCUGGCAGCCGGGAUCUCAGCAGCUUACAGGCCCCAGCGGCAAUGCGCAUGGGGUUGAGUGUGUUGGCAGGGCUGCGGAGCAGCCCGUGUGUGGCGAGCAGGCGUGCGCUCAGCGCAGCAGCGGUCCGGCGGUCCGGCGACGGCGGGAUGACGCACUUUGGGUCGAGGACGGUGCCAAAGGACGAGAAGGCGAAGCUGGUGGGCAACGUCUUCUCGUCAGUGGCGUCCAAGUACGACGUGAUGAACGACGUGAUGUCGCUGGGCGUCCACCGGCUGUGGAAGUCGCACUUUAUCAGCAAGCUGGAUGCGGGUAAGCGGCCGAACGCGAGCGAGCCGCUGCACUUCAUAGACGUGGCGGGCGGGUCGGGCGACAUUGCGUUCGGGCUGUUGGACCACGCGGAGGCGAAGUUCCACGACACAGAGUCGACCAUGCAUGUGGUCGACAUCAACCCGGACAUGUUGCGGGAGGGCGAAAAGCGUGCUGCGGAGCAGGGCAAGUACUACAACGACCCGCGUGUGACCUUCCUGGUGCAGAAUGGGGAGACGCUGGAGGACAUCCCUACUGCGUCGAAGGACGUGUACACCAUCUCGUUUGGGAUCCGGAACUUCACCGACAUCCAGAAGGGGCUGAACACGGCGCACCGUGUGCUGAAGCCGGGUGGCAUCUUCUACUGCCUUGAGUUCUCCAAGAUCGAGAACCCCGUCGUGGACAUCGCGUACCAGCAGUGGUCGAAGCUGUUGCCCGUGAUGGGCUCGAUGGUUGCCAACGACUACGACUCGUAUCAGUACCUGGUGGAGUCCAUCCAGCGGUUCCCCAGCCAGGAUGAGUUCAAGGGCAUGAUCGAAAAGGCGGGGUUUGCGUCCGUGGGGUACGAAAACCUGACUUUUGGAACCUGCGCCAUCCACUGGGGCAUCAAGGUAUGA